AUGACAAAUAUUUUAGAAGAAAUUACUCUAGAUCUGACGUCCUCCGUGGCGCAGUUGUAUGCUGAGGUCCUAGUCCUUGCCAAAACCUGUCAGUUGAGGCCUUUGCAUGGUCCCUGCAGGGCGGAUAUGGCCAUGUACUACUUCGUUCCGGAAAACAAAACUUGCUCCAUCUUCAACUGGGGAGGAUGCCAAGGGAACGGCAACCGGUUUGACACAUUGCAAGAGUGUCUCACGACUUGUUUAAGCAAACCUAACCAUCCUAAAACGAGGCCGAAAUGGUGCAGCUUGAACUUCGACUAUGGCUUUUGCUUCGGCGCACUAAACAGGUGGUAUUACGAUCCACUAUGGAAGGUGUGCAAGCAGAGGAUAUAUUCUGGAUGUGGAGGCAACAAGAAUAACUUCUAUAGUCAGGAGCAGUGUGACUCGAUAUGCCGAUUGGGUACAGGCGUUCUCAAAUCCGCAGUAUCAAACAAAAGUGAUACGAAAAAAGUUUUAAUCAUAAAUUCAUUAAACUCUACCACUACAAGAAGUAGAGACCUUGGAUAA